AUGAAGGUGCUGGCCUUCUUGGCUGCAGUUCCACUGGUUUGGCGGACUGAACAGGGAGCAGAGGAAGUUGUUGACGCGCUCACGUCCUAUGCCCAGAGGACAAUAGCCGAGGUUGAGGAAGUCUCGGUAGAGAUUGUCCAGGUGACAGGAAGGAUUGUCGUGUCAGCAGUCCUAGCCACAGGGAUGGGGAUCCUGUGGUGGCUUGGAAACCUUGUCCGGAACAAGUUGGUCAAGUCAAGCCAUGGCAACUCCCUGCCAGCCCGUCUCUUGGAGCUCAAGCCUUCGAAGAAUUCGAAAUCAGCCGGAGGUUCGACUUGGGAGGUCACUGGAGGAAGAGGUGUCCACCGAGUCUGGAUCGGAGAGGAUGGUCAAGGGGCAUGCGCUUGCAGGGCGUACCUCGCCAGUGGGGUUUGCGGCCACAUUGACUCGGCCAUAGGAGAAGCUCGUAGGCUGAAGGUGUAUCCUGAGAAAGAGGUCAGGUUCGCCAAAGGUUCCGCGGCAGAAAAAGGUGCGGCCUCACUACUGGCGUUGGGCGCGGAAAAUGCGACCCGUGAAAAGAGGGUAUGUUUUGAAGGGGUGGCGAAGAAGGCUAGGGAACUGUGGUUGAAGCCGUCGUCGCCUCCGGGUUCGCAGGGGUCAGAAUCUGGUUGCUUUGGGGGAGUCAGCAAGAUGACUCGUCAGACGAAGUUGAAAUCAGAUGAUCGGGUGGCAAAGGAAGCAACCGCUGGUUUGAAUGUCCAGCUGGGGUUGGAAAACGCCCCCGCCGCCCAAAACCUGGAGAUCGAGUACGUCCGAAACAAGGAGGCGCAGGUUCGUGCUGUUGAGCUUCUGCAGCAGAACCCAAAAGCGUCCGUACGAGUUACGGCGUACAGUUUCGACCAACCAGAUAUGGUUGAGGUGAUCAAGGGUCAUCAGGGGUUCGUGCGAAUCCUAGUGGACGCUGGGAUGACACACGAGUCUCGCACGAAGAUGCAACUUCAGAGCCUGAUGAUGCUCCGAAAUGCCGGACAUAGAAUCCGGGUAUGUCGAGGAAGAUCCCUGAGCAAGGCCUAUGCAGAGGACAGCAGGUCGACAACCGCAGGGUCGGGCUUGAAAGGGAUCCAGCACUCGAAAACGUGCUUCGUGGAAAAUGGAAAGGUUGGGCACUUGGUGGUCGGGAGCUGUAACUGGACUACAAGCUCAAAGGCCAACAGGGAAUCCGGAGUGGUGAUCACCGCUGAUGUGGAUCACCGAGUGUUCCAAGCCUUCAAGGAGCACUUCGAAGAGGAUUGGGAAGAGAGCCAGGUGUUCGAUGAGGUUGCGGUUCGCACCUGGGACGCGGACUGGGAUCGCGGGCGGAAGCUUGCGAUUCGCAGCUCCGCCGCGGUAGAAAGAGACAUGAGCAAAGAAGUUGCCGAUCAGCCUGAAGGAGUCACUCUAGGGGAAUGUAUCGCAGACGGACGGGUCCCGGUCCCUGAAGAGAUGAGUGUGGUAGGGUCCGCGGGGGCUGUUUCUCGUUUCGAGAGCGGCGCCGCGACUCAGCCGCCCCAAGUGCUCAGUUUGGAGCAGCCUUCGAAUCCUGCGGACGGGAAGUCGCGGUUCACUUCACUUGAUGAUUUGCCCAAGGAUUGGUUCCACUUGGCCGAGAACGAACCAGGUGGAUACCAAUACAAAACAGUUGUUCGAGUCUUAGACAAAAAGGUGGAGACAAUGCUAGAUGGCUGCGCGGGCUCCAAUCAUCUGACCGAAGAACUGGUGGUUGGAAUGUUGAACCGGGCAGCAGAGUUGAACAUCGCACCGAACGACAAGCGCUUUCCGGUGGUUCGUUUUGAGAAGUGGACGUAUCCGGAGUACGUUCAUGGAAUAGCUUCAGGAGCUCCAGUGCCUUUGAAAGGCGCUGUGGUGAUCCGAGUUCGGUUUUUGGAAGGCGAGCAGCCUGAAAGGACUAAGGAUGGUCCUGAGAUCCUAGUCCGGUGUAAGGUGGCAGCUCGAGGCACGUCAGACUGGCAUGGCCUUAUUUUAGGGGGUCGAGCUUUGGAUUGCGAAGCUAAGUCUGGCUUGGGCUUUAGACCAGGCCCUGAUGCUCAUAUCCUAGACACUUUGGGCAUCAAGAUCCCGCGAUGCGAAGAUCUGAGCAGGCAGCGCAAGGAUCGGGCUUAUGCCUUCCAUUCCGUUCUGUCGA